AUGUCUUACAACGACCAGUACGGCUACGGCUCUGGCUCCAAUGACGGCGGAUACGGCCGCCGCGGAGACGACUCUGAAUACGGCGGCGGUGGAAACCGUGGCCGUGACAACUACUAUGACUCGUCCAACGCUUUUGACGACCGGUCUGCUGCUACCGGACCCGACGGUCGGGGCGGAUACAAUAGCACCACGGACUCGAGCUACGGCAGGUCUGGCGGUGCUGGAUCUGGUGGUCGAGGAGGCUACGAUUCCCAGUACGAUGAGCGGGACAGCUACAACGACAGAACAUCGUAUAACGACAGGUCCAAUUACAAUGACCGGAACAACUACGACGACCGGUCCAAUUACAAUGACAGGCCCAGUUACAACGACAGACCCAGUCACAACGACAGGUCCAACUACAAUGACAGGCCCUCGUACAACGAUAUGCCUUCCAACACGGGCACAUCCUACGGCUACCCUAGCCAUCCCGGCUCAGGACCCUCGGACUACAACAAUAACAACAACAAUGAUGACGACGACUUUAGCAGCGCCGCACAGCACGCGCAGCGCCACAGCGGUGGUGGCGGAGACAGCAGCAACUUGUUCAGCCAAGCGCUCUCGUUCUUGAACAACAACAAGCAGCAUAUUGCCAACUCGCCGCUCGAUGAGCAACAAGCUGUCGAGCACCACCAGAAUGUAUACGGCGGUGGCAGUGGCGGCGGUGCCGGAGGUAGUGGCAGUAGUGCCGGUAGCAACGGCCUGGGCGCGGCAGCAGCCAUGCAAGCCCUCAAAAUGUUCACGUCGGGCCAGCAAGGGUCCAGCGGAUCCAAGAACGAGUUUAUCGGCAUGGCCAUGGCCCAGGCGGAGAAACUGUUUGAGCAGCAGAGCGCCCAGGGCAACGUCUCUGCGGGUACGGACAAGCAGAGCGUAAUCACGUCUGCAGCGGAGAUGGCGUUUAAAAUGUACGCCAAGAACCAGAUGGGCGCUGGCGGACAGGGCGGUGCGGGAGGAUUGAUGAGUCUGGCCAGUAAAUUUUUGAGCUAG